AUUAUCUCAUUCUUCUUGUGUGGAUGAAGAUUAUGAUUCUUUGGCCCUUUGUGAUCCUAUGCAAAGGAUAAACUGUGAAGUUGACAGCUUACCAGAGAGCUGCUUUGACAGUGGUUUGUCAACCUUGAGAGAUUCGAAUGAGUAUGAUUCGGAAGUGGAAUACAGGCAUCAAAGGAAUUUUCAGAGGUCUCAGUGUAUGCAAGAAAGCUUUGGUGGUGAUGCUUCUGAUACAGAUGUUCCAGAGAUCAGGGAUGAGGAAGCGUACAGUGCGGAUAACAGCAGUACAGUGUUAGACUGGAAGCCCUCACGAUCAGUAAGUCGAAGCAGCUCAGUUGCUUCAACAAGGAAAUACAUAUCUGCCCUCACUCCUCAGUCAGAUGCAACCGAAUGUGCUCCAAAAUACCCCAGUUCAGAGAAGGCUUACAAGAUUGUUCUUGCUGGAGAUGCAGCAGUGGGAAAAUCCAGUUUCCUUAUGAGGCUUUGCAAGAAUGAAUUUCGAGGCAAUACCAGUGCCACCUUGGGUGUGGAUUUUCAGAUGAAAAGACUAAUUGUUGAUGGAGAACCUACAGUGCUACAACUGUGGGACACAGCUGGACAGGAGAGGUUUCGAAGUAUUGCUAAAUCAUACUUCAGAAGAGCAGAUGGUGUUCUACUGCUGUAUGACGUAACGUGUGAAAAAAGCUUUCUUAAUGUGCGAGAAUGGGUGGAUAUGAUUGAGGAUGCAACUCAUGAGAAUAUUCCAAUUAUGAUGGUGGGAAACAAAGCAGAUCUCCGUCAAGCUGUUACAGAACAAGGGCAAAAAUGUGUGCCUAUAAACUAUGGAGAAAAGCUGGCUAUGACUUACAAUGCACUGUUCUGUGAAACAAGUGCUAAAGAUGGAUCUAACAUUGUAGAAGCAGUUCUUCAUCUUGCUCGUGAAGUGCGAAAACGAAGUGAUAAUCAAGAUGAUACGAGGUCAGUAACAAGCCUAGCUGGGACACCUGUCAAAAAAUCGACACUCAUGAAAAACUGCUGCAAUGUUUAA